AUGAAGAAGGCAGGGCUUACCAGCGAGGACAUGGGCCGCGCGGGCGAGGAAAAGCGCGACUGGGUGGCUGUCCAGCAGCGCACCUUCACGCGCUGGGUCAACCAGCAGCUGGCCCGACGGGGCGGCCAGGUCACCGACCUCCUGCAAGAUCUGCCCGACGGCAUUCACCUCAUCCAUCUCGUUGAGGAGCUCUCUGGUGCUCUUCUCAAAGGGUACUCGGGCCGACCGCGUAUGCGGUUCGAGAAGCUGCAGAACUGCAUGCUCGCCCUGCAGGCCAUCAAGAACGAGGGCAUCUACCUCCUGGGCAUCGGACCCGAAGACAUCGUCGACCCCAACCUGAAGCUCAUCCUGGGUCUGAUCUGGACUCUCAUCCUCCACUACCAUCUCCAGGGCGGCGCUGGUCUCACCAGCCGAGGCGGUAACGGAGGCGAGAUCACCGCGGCGGGCGCGAGCGGCGCCGGCACCAAGUCGGGCGGCGUGGCCAAGGGCGGUCCGGCGAGGGCCAGAGGCGCGGCCAUGAAGAGCGAGCUGCUCGAGUGGGUCAAGUCCAAGUGCGAGCCCAAGGGCGUGCAGGUCACCAACUUCACCUCUUCGUGGCAGGACGGUCUGGCGAUUGCGGCCCUCGUGGAGAGCCUGCGCCCGUCCACGCUCGACCUGGAGGCCCUCAAGCAGCAGCGCGAGCUGAUGGACAAGAUGGGCGGCGCGCCGCUGCCGCAGGCCAAGUUCAGCGUCACGCCCAAGUCGACGGCCGACGACGGCCGCACCAACCUGCUGGCCGACGUGGCCGGCGCGACGGCGGCCGACUUUGCGGUGACUAUCGAGGGACCCGAGGGCCAGGACGUCGAGGGCCGGCUGGCCGCGGGCGCCGCCAGCGCCUCGACGCUGGACGUCGUGUUCAGGCCGCCCGUGCCCGGCGUCUACACGAUCCGCAUCGAGCACAAGACCCAGGGACCCAUCGUCAACAGCCCCUUCCGCCUCCAGGUCGCCCCGCCGCCCGGCAUGAGCGCCCAAUGA